AUGCUGUUGGCUGAAUCUUGCCCCAUCCCUGGACGUAACGGGGGACCCCCCACCCCAGACCAAAUGAAUUGCGAGUUGCCACAUCCCACGGUGGGCCUGUCAGGUCCCCAGUCGCCAGCCCUGCAGCCCCUGCAGCCCCUUCUCCUGGAGCAAGGCCACGUGUCAUCACCUUUGAAAGCCUGCCACAGCCUGCAGCAGAGGAGAAGAGCAGAACCACCCCCCAGCGCUUCCACGGCCGCCAUCAUCACAGAAUCAGGCUGCUACGUCCUCCUCCAGCACAUCUGUGACACCUUCUCUGAGGGGGUGCGCGCCCAGAUUGCUCUCCCCGCCUUGUUUGGGUCGGGCUUCGUGGCGCGCCGCAGGAGGCGGGCGGACACACUCAGGGCGCGGCGUUCGGAGCCCAUGGAGCUGGCCAAGCGCGGGCUUCGCGAGCGCGGCGGCGCCGAGACGCUGCAGGGCGAGCUGGAGGCGCUGGUCCAGGACGUGGUGCGGAGCAGCUCGUGGUGGGAGCGCCACGGCGUGGACUGCGCCAUCCUCGCGCUCAGCCUCCUCGCGGUGCCGGCCGGGUUCCUGUGUCUGCGUGCUGAGAACACUCUGGUCUUUGCCCUGGGCAUCACCAUCCUGGGUGUUUGCCACUACACACUCACCGUCAAGGGCAGCCACUUGGCCACGCACGGGGCCCUCACCGAGUCCAAGCGCUGGAGCAGGAUUUGGGAACUUUUCUUUGUGGAGGUCUGUACCAGCUUCACCGCAGAGCAUGCCAACUACGGCCACGUCAAGAUGCACCACGGCUACACCAACGUGAUUGGCCUGGGCGACUCCAGCACCUGGAAGCUGCCCUGCCUCAACCGCUAUGUCUACAUGUUCCUGGCGCCUUUCCUCAUUCCCAUCCUCACCCCACUGGUGGCUCUCGAGCGGCUGAGAGAGGUGGCGCCCCAGACGGCCCUGCGAACACUGAGCCUGAUCGCCCUGGGCCUCUAUUCUCACUACUGGUUACUUCUGAAUGUGUCCAAUUUCAGGAGCCCGGCCACCGCCCUGGCCUGCAUGUUUGUCACCAGAUCCCUGCUGGCCCACCCUUACCUCCAUGUCAACAUCUUCCAGCACAUCGGGCUGCCCAUGUUCUCCCCGGACAAGAAGCCCCAGCGGGUGCACAUGAUGAGCCUCGGCGUGCUCAACCUGCCCCGCCUGCCGGUGCUGGACUGGACCUUCGGCCACUCAAUCAUCAGCUGCCACGUGGAGCAUCACUUCUUCCCCCGGCUCUCCGACAACAUGUGCUUGAAGGUGAAACCAGUCGUAUCCCAGUUCCUCCAAGAGAAGCAGCUGCCGUACAACGAGGACUCGUACCUGGCCCGCUUCCGGCUCUUUCUGAAUUGCUAUGAGGAGCUCAUGGUGCAGACACCUCCGAUCACAGAGCUUGUGGGAAUGCAGUGA